UUGAUCAAACGAAUAUGGCGUUGAAAGAUAUUGUUGUUACAGUUACCAUGAUGUACGUCUUAGUCAAUUUAUCAUUGUGUAGCAGACUUGGGAGAUUAGAGAAACGACUUUAUUUACUGGAGAGUAGAAUUGCACUGGAUUCGUUUGAAUUCCGACAGGAAUUGGAAGAAACUAAAGCAGUUUUUAAUAAAACUAUGGAUUUCAUUAACCAGAACAUAGAGAAUAUAAAUUCCAUUAUAAGUGACAAAGACUGUCGUAGUAUGUACAACAAACAUGAUGAUUUCAUUAAGUAUCGAAGAAUAUUAGAAUCGGGAUUUAGACAGCUUAAGCUCAGUGUGAAUCUACAACUUGAAAAUCACAGUAAGAAUAUUAAACAUAUUCUUGAAAAAAUAAAUAAGCUGGAUGCACGUACUUCUAAUAUUGAUGAAAAUUGUAGAACUGGGAUGGACAAAUAUGAGGAGUUGUCAAAAGAAAUCCGGGAUCUUGAAAUCAGGACACAGACAAAAUUGUCCGCGCAAGAAACUAGUAUCAAUGAGAUAAGAACACAGAUCAAUGAGAUGGAAAGCGACGAUUUGAAAACCAUUCAGACAGCUCUACACAGCAUACACGCAGUAAUAUCAGAGAAACAAGACAAUACCUCUGUAACAAAACCUAUGAGGAAAGUGUUUGAUGAAACAAUUAGUUUGUUUCUGACACUCACACUCGGCGCAGAAGUAAAAUGUAAACAUUACGAAUUUAAGUUUAAAUGUUAUUUAAUCAUGACUGGUGAGGAACCUUGGGAAGAAAGUAAACGGAAGUGCAAUGCCUUAAAGAUUAGAGGACAUCUGCCUACUGUUGAAAAUGACAUUGAACAAGAAUACUUACAGACGCUUUCAAGAAAUUAUUUUUCUCUAGCUGAUUAUGGGGUUUGGUUAGAUGGUAACGACAAAGAUAAUGAAGGCACAUGGGUCUGGUCAGAGACUAGCGAGACAAUAACGGAUUUAAAUACAUUCUGGGGAACGAACGAGCCCAAUGGGGGAGAGAGAGAAAAUUGCAUGCAUCUUUUCAAAAGUAAAGAUUAUAAAUGGAAUGAUAUAUCCUGCAACAGGAACAUGUCCUUCAUUUGUGUCAUUGAUAUGUCCUUUAUUUAUAAAUAGUGCCUAUAACAGGAUAGUUUUAAUAUCAUUCAAAUUAUAUCCACGUGUGCUCGUUAAGUCCUGAGAAAUAUUGACGUUUUGUUUUUAUUUUCAUUCGUUUAGAGACUGGCAAUGCGUAGUUCUGUAUAGCUGCUAUUAUAUUUAUGAUUAACCAUAAUGCUUUAUUGGAGGUCGCCAAGGGAAUGAAACCCGAUGAUAUGUUAUACCCGGAUAGAGUCAUACCAUUGUGGGAAUCUGCCGAUAUAAUAAUGCACUUAAAACGUUCAUGUAUUAAGCAAAAAUUAGCAAACAUGGUAAUAUCACUUUUGACAAAGUUAAAAGAAUAUGUCAUUUGUUCUACUUAAAUUAAAAGCUUAUUAUUGAGAAAAUGUAUAGAUGUCAUAAAUGCUAUAAUCACCAUUCUCCAAACGGUAGACUACGAUAAAAAAAUAAAAAAAAACAUGUGAUGUUUUUGACAUUUUCAGAUUAAUCUUAUACUUGUUCAUGUUUGUUUAAUCUUAUAUUGUUUGUUGUUAGCAUGUUUUUAAUCCCGCAUCAAGUAGUUCUAUUGCUUUUAUAUUAUUAUUAAAUGACUACUUUCUCUUAAAUACCAUUCUAAAAAGCGACUUUGACUUUUUUCUAUUUAUAUACAAUGAAAUCAUAAUCUAUUCAUACACGCUAUACAUUAACAAAUAUAUUUGGCAGCUUAGAUCACCUUAUUCUAUUAUUAGCCACACACUUCAAUGUAGCGUGUUGUAUAUUAUUUUACUUUUUCAUUUGUGUUACAAAACAGCCGGCUUUAAAAGUGUAUGACUUCCUAUUCAAUUGUUAAGUAAGUGUUGUAAGUGGUUAACCUCUCUGGCAUUCUAACAUAAUUGACAGCUUAGAUCACCUCAAGAUAAUUUUGAGCCCUGCCUGUAACUUGUUGUAUAAUACUUUUACUUUUCAUUUUUAUUACAAAUAUAUCGAAAUCCGUCUUUAAAGGCGUACGACUUUCUAUUCAUUUGUAUAAAAAUAGUAAUGAGUGAUUUGCCUUUCUGAUGUUAUUGUAGUUAAAAAUUAUCAGUACUUGAAAUCAGAAAACACGCGCUAACGUUAAGCUUGCAACAAACAAUAGGGGUGGGUUAAGGCAUAAAAAUAAGGAAAGUGUACAAAAUGCGAAUAUCCAGCCAGCUGCAAGCUGUUAUUUCGAAUAUUCAAUAAAUGCAUACAUACAUCAAACUAUCAGGGGCUGGCGGGUUUAUUUGAUGACUGGGCUUAAUACCCAAGGUGAAUGUCGAGCAAGCUGCGACUAUAUAGCUGUGUGCUCGAUAUUCGACAAUGUUCAGAAAUCAGACUUUCAGGGGCUGGCGGGUUUAUUUGCUGACGGGACUUAGUGCUUUAUCUUUCAUAACAGAUUUCAAUGAUCGCUAGAUAUUGUCUCGAGUAUAAUCAUUUCAGCAAGCAAACUCGAUACUUUCAAAGCGCUAUUUUCGCAGCUGGUUCGAUAAUUACGUUGUUAACUCCAUGCUUUAUGAGAUUCCAAUGUCUCUUUUGUCAAAGUAAAUUUGAUGAAAGUUUUGGGGUUUUUUAAACACUUAAAAGUGUGUAUUUCGUAUCUUGAUAAAAAUAAAGGAAUUUUGAAACAUUACUUUGUUAAACGUUAAUUUUAUU